CGCCGAUCAACUCCCCAAAUUGCUUCAUCUUUCCCCUCCAUCUAUUAGACUAUCUUCUUGAGAACCACCGCUCAAUCUUCCCCCUAAGGAAAAAACACACACACACCAACCAUGAGUUCCAUCCGGCGCAUGUCCCCAACGGACCUUCUGUCCCUCAACCUCACCAACCUCGACCCAUUGACCGAAAACUACGACCUCGGAUUCUACCUCAAUUACCUCAUGCGAUGGCCCUCCCUCUUUAGCAGCGUUCAGGAUCGCCAGGAAGGCAUCGUGGGUUACAUCAUGGGCAAGCUCGAAGAACAACCCGCCUCGAUGCGCCAUUCCGAACACUACACGCCCUGGCACGGCCACAUUACCGUUUUAACCGUUGCGCCCGCAUGGCGCCGUCUCGGCCACGCGCGUCGUCUCACCGAACGUCUGGAACAGGGCUCCGAUAUCAACGAUGCCUGGUUUGUCGAUCUCUAUGUGCGAGCGGGGAAUAAAGUUGCCGUGGGGAUGUAUAAGGGCAUGGGAUACUCCGUCUUCCGCCGAGUAGUAAACUACUACAGUGACGAUCCAACAGGUUUCUCCGAUUCAGGUGAAGAUGCCUUUGAUAUGCGCAAGCCGUGCAGUCGCGAUAAGAAGCUCCAGCAUAUUCGGGAGAAUGGGGAGGAGUUUUUGGUGGAUCCGAUUCAUGUUUCGUAGGACGCUUCGUUCGGAGGGGUGAUGAUGAUGAUGAUGGAUGAAUUGGACGGGUCUAGGUAUCUAUACAUAUGAUGGUGUGAAGACGACAACGAGGGUUGAUGAAUAGCAUAAGAGAAAAGUGGUUUGUCGGUUGGUUGGUUUCGAGCAUUUGGUGUUUGGGCGUUUCCAUUAUUAUUAUCAUUUCUAUUCUGGGUUGAUGAACGGACGUGUCAUGCCAUGCAUGCUGAGUGAACUAGGGACGGCCUGAAUAGAAUUAUUGUCAGAC